AUGCCUCGCCCGGAAUUUUCAUCGGAGGCGGCGCCGGGUGCCGCCGUCUCUUUCCUCUCAUGUCAGUUCAUCGACGUAGCCAGCGCUGCACGCGAUAUCAGCGACGCUCUUGCUCACUCAUCUCCCCUCAUCGCCGCACCCCACGAGGCUCAAAGCCCGACCUUAUUGACGACCUCCAGCGUCCACUGCGCGCAAACCAGCAUGGGUGAUGAGUAUAUAGAUUUCGUCCGGACAGCGGAGAUUGACGGUGCGUUCUACGUCUUCCGCACCGGAACCUUCGCGCUUACUCUGAUUCAGACCGUCGCAAUGUUGGCAAAACCCGCCACUGUCUCCAAAGCGCCAGUGUUGUCCUCAAGAGUCUCCAAAGCCGCCGCCUAUACUCACCUUCAUUGCCGCAUGCCACGAAUCCAACUGACUCCGUGGCUGAAGGAAUGGAUCCUCAUCCGCCAAGCGGCGUAUUACGCCCAGACUUUUGCGGAUGCGGUGGAAUUCCCCGACGGGACAUGGCUGGAGGUCUCAUCCGCCGAGCAGGGUUAUCUUCUCGUCGCCACCUCCUAGUCUCCUCCUGCGGCGCCUGUCGACAU